AUCUCACAAAGACAUCUUGUGUUUGAUAAUCACAAAUAUCCUGACUAUGUACUAAAACCAGUUGUGCUGCUUUCAAUUGGACAAAGUUAGGUAAACGCACGUCCCUCCUGUUAUCAUCUCUGCAUUACAUAAGGGAAGCGGUGAGCCACUGGAUCUGCGACACAAACAAAGUCUUGAAUACCCAGGUUCAUGUAUGAACUUCACAGUGAUCACAGCGUAGGCUACAGCAUCAUGCUUUGCUGGUCCUUUGCUUUGCUGCUUCCCUGGCUGGUGCAGUCUCACCCACUCGAUCAGGACCUCCUGCCUAUCGACUGCGAAGACGUAUUCUUCAACGUAUCGAUUCACAAUGGCGUCUACACCAUCUACCCAGUAGGAAAGGACUCACCCAUGGAGGUGUACUGUCAUAUGGGUUACCGUGAGAACGAAAGCCAUGAAGGGGGGAGGUGGACGGUGAUCCAGAGAAGAAUAAACGGCAAGGUGGACUUCUACAGGAACUGGGAUGAUUACAAGAGGGGCUUUGGAGACAAGAGUGGAGAGUACUGGCUGGGUCUCCAGAACAUUUUUCUGCUCACACAUGGGAUGAAGUAUGAGCUGAGGGUGGACAUGGAGGACUGGGAGGGGGGGACUGUCUAUGCUCUGUACGGCUCCUUCUUUCUAGGACCUGAGUCAGAUGGGUACAGACUACAUGUAUUUGACUUCAUUGAUGGUGGCGCAGGUAAUUCUCUAAUCUACCAUAAUGGGCAGAAGUUCUCCACCUUUGAUAAGGACCAGGAUCCCUACUCCAGGGGCAACUGUGCAGUGACUUUCCGGGGAGGGUUUUGGUAUCACGCUGGCGCUUAUGCCAAUCCCAACGGUGAAUACAAACAUAGGGACCGCCACAACGGAGUCACAGAUGGGGUGUUUUGGAGUGGAUGGAAAGGGCACCGUUAUUCCCAGAGGAAAUUUUCCAUGAAGGUGAGAAGGGUGCCCUUUUCUGAGUCAGUAGACUAGUUACAGUUGUCUCCUGUUUUGGUCAUGACUCAAAAACACUGUGAUUAAAACAGUAUAUGUGACCCUCCACAGCAAAAUCAGUCACAUUGUUCAAAUUUUCAAAAUGAUAGUUUUUAAGUUUUCACGAAAGGGCAUAAUCAACCUUCAAAACGAUACCUAUAUCUAAUGAAUUGAACGUCAUAUUACUGAAAUAUAAACAUUCAAAGGAGUUGAGUUCAUCAAAGGGCACUGUUAUUCACAGAGGAAAUUUUCCAUGAAGGUGAGAAGGGUGCCCUUUUCUGAGUCAGAGGACUAGUUACAGUUGUCUCCUGUUUUGGUCAUGACUCAAAAACACUGCGAUUAAUUAAAACACUAUAUAUAAAUGGAUAUCAGACGAUUGUUGCAUGGACUGACAUUGUUACAAACAGAUUACUUAUUCGACAAGAUUGAAAUUGAAAUUAAACAUCAAAAUGUCUUGAAAACCUUUUAUUAAAACUACACUAAUUUGAAUGCACUUGAACGUGUUCACACUUUUAUGACAGAUAAUGAGUAUAUAAUUUAAUUUCUGUAUAAUGUUUUAUGUUCUGAUUGAAGGCCAAUUAUGUAUUUACUGUAAAUAACUUGUAAUUGAGGGUAAUUUAGAGAGUCCUUUCAAUGAUCUGUAAGUCUCAUUAUUUUAAAUAAAGCAGCUAAACAUAUAACAAUUAAA